AAUAAGCUUUUUGUGAUAAAGACUGACAAUUUGCAUCUAAAUGACAGGGGUUUCCAACUCCGAUGCACAUUAUGGGGAGAAUAUGUGGCGCAGAUGGUGGAUCAAGUUGGAUUGGGUUUGAAUGAACCAUUAAUUGUACUUAUUCAAUUGUGCAGGGUCAAGCCAUAUCUAGGUGAGAUGUGCAUUUCAACGGCAUUUCACGCAACAAGGUUGAUUUUUGACAAUGAAAAUGCUUCCAUUCGAGAUUUUAAAAACAAGAUGAAGACAUCAACUGGCAGUAUAACUUUGAGCUGUGGGAAUUCUCAAAGCCAGUCAGAGAGCAGCAUGUCUCAGGAAAUACAAAGUGGUAGAUUGGAAGUAUUAAGCAUUGAGGAAUUACUUUCAAGAAAUGAAGCAGGGCAUUACUGGAUUUUGGCUACGAUUGUGGAUAUCAAAAAUUACAAGAAUUGGUUUUACUUGGGCUGUGCAUCAUGCAACAAAAAGGUCAAUAAAGAGGAAUCACGAUUUCGUUGUUCUGGGUGUAACAAGAUAACAGCAGAAGGAAACUAUAG